CCACAUCGUACCCACCAAUAACCCAGUUUUGUUCAAUCACUGAAGCAUCAUCGACAUGCUUCUUCGUGCAUCAUCAUCAUCAUGUAUGAGCUCUAGUUAGCAGGUUACACUUGCACCAAUUCAUCAUAAAGUAAUCUUAAGUUUCAUGAGUGUAACAUCAUACCCCAUAUCAUAUCAUUUGAACUUGAACAUGUCUUCUUCUCUUUCCUGGCUCACCUCACCCUCAUGUUCCCCUUUGGCCAUAGAUUCAUCUUCUUCUUCUUCUUCACAACUCUUAGCUCAGUGGUUAAGGUUUAUCUUCCUAUCUCCAUGUCCUCAGAGACUUAUUCUUUCUGCUAUUGAUUUUAUCUUUUUGGUCUUCCUAUUAGCCUUUGCAGCUCAAAAACUCUAUUCUCGGUUCACUUCCAAUGUGAACUCUACCUCCACCGUCACCAAACCCCUUUUGCAAGAAAAGGAUUCUGACUACAAAGUUACCUUGUGGUUCAAACUAUCCUUCUUGGUGACCACCCUUUUGGCCGUAGCUUACACGGUUCUAGGCAUCUUGGCUCUCACACAAAGCAACCUUGCUUCAUGGAAACUGAUAGAGGCACAGUUUCGGUUCUUCCAAGCCGUAGCCUACAUAGUGAUAGUGAUUCUAUUGGUUCACGAGAAGAAGUUCAAAGCUUCAAAGCACCCUUUAUCAUUAAGAAUCUAUUGGACAGCAAACUUGGCGAUUGCUUGCUUGUUUGCUGCUUCAGCCAUUGUUCGAAUGGUAACUGUUGAUGAAACAAGAUUGGAGCUUAGUUUGAGAGUGGAUGACAUAUUCUCAUUGAUUAAUCUUCCAUUAUCUUUGUUCCUUUUCAUAGUAUCCAUUACAGGGUCAUCAGGGAUUCAAGUAAUCAGAAUAUCUGAUGUAGUAGGAAGGACAAAUCAGUGGCUUUCCAGCGAUAGAAAUUUGAGUCCUUAUGCCUAUGCCCCGUUUUUCUCCAAAGUAGUGUGGUUUUGGAUGAACCCUUUGCUGAGUAAAGGGUACAAAUCACCCCUCAAGCUUGACGAUGUUCCUACACUUCCUCCAGGGUUUCGAGCUGAGAAGAUGUCCGAAAUCUUCCAAGGCAAUUGGCCAAAGCCAGAGGAAAACAGCAAGCACCCAGUUGGACUCGCAUUGUUUAGGUGCUUCUGGAAACACAUAGUCUUCACAGGCUUGCUUGCAUCUAUGAAGCUUGCAGUUAUGUACGUUGGUCCAACGCUUAUUCAGAGUUUUGUUGACUACACCUCGAUGAAAAACAGCACUCCCAGUGAAGGUGUUUAUCUGAUAGCUAUCCUGUUUUUGGCAAAAUCAGUUGAAGUCCUAAGUGUACACCAAUUCAAUUUCCACUCGCAGAAACUAGGCAUGCUCAUUCGUUCCAGCAUCAUAACAUCAGUCUACAAAAAGGCUUUGAGGUUGUCAAGUUCUUCAAGACAAGCUCAUGGAACUGGCCAGAUUGUGAACCACAUGGCUGUUGAUGCACAGCAACUCUCAGAUUUGAUGAUGCAGUUUCACCCCAUAUGGAUGAUGCCAUUGCAAGUUGGUGCAGCUUUGGCCCUUAUCUAUAGCUGUGUUGGCUUGUCUGUGCUUGCAGCACUUCUUGGAACUACCGUGGUUUUUCUCUUCACUCUAUUUCGCACCAAGAAGACCAAUACCUUCCAGUUCAGGAUUAUGAAGAGCCGUGACUUGAGGAUGAAGGCAACAAAUGAGUUGCUUAACAACAUGCGUGUGAUUAAGUUUCAAGCAUGGGAGGAGUAUUUUGGCAACAAAAUUGCGGAGUUUCGCAAAGCCGAGCAUGGUUGGAUUGGCAAGUUCUUGUACUAUUUUGCAAUUAACAUGGGGAUUUUGUCCACUGCUCCCUUGACGAUAACUGUUCUUACAUUUGGAAGUGCAACUUUGAUGGGGAUUCGUUUGAAUCCUGGCACUGUGUUCACAAUAACUUCAGUGAUCAAGAUUCUGCAAGAGCCUGUGAGGACUUUCCCUCAGGCUCUUAUGUUGAUUUCUCAAGCAUUGAUCUCUCUUGGGAGGUUGGAUGAGUUCAUGAUGAGUAAGGAAAUGGAUGACAAUGCAGUGAAGAGAGAGGAUAGUUGUAAUGGUGACAUAGCUUUGGAGAUAAAAGAUGGCAAGUUCUCGUGGGAUGAUAAGGAUGGGAACGUGGCUCUUAGUGUUGAUGAGUUGGUACUUAAGAAAGGGGACCAUGCUGCAAUUGUAGGAACUGUUGGGUCAGGCAAGUCUUCUUUGUUGGCUUCUGUGUUAGGGGAAAUGUUCAAGAUCUCAGGAAAGGUCAGAGUUUGUGGGAAAAUUGCCUAUGUAGCACAGACAUCAUGGAUUCAGAAUGCAACCAUCCAAGAUAACAUAUUGUUUGGUUUACCAAUGAACAGAGAGAAGUACAGGGAAGUUAUUAAAGCAUGCUGCCUGGAAAAAGAUCUUGAAAUGAUGGACUAUGGAGACCAGACUGAGAUUGGAGAACGGGGUAUUAACCUCAGUGGUGGCCAGAAGCAACGUGUACAACUUGCUAGAGCUGUGUACCAUGACUGUGACAUUUAUCUCCUUGAUGAUGUAUUCAGUGCUGUUGAUGCACAAACAGGAUCAUAUAUUUUUAAGGAAUGUAUCAUGGGAGCUCUCAAAAAUAAGACAAUUUUACUUGUUACCCACCAAGUUGACUUCUUGCAUAACGUUGACUCUAUAAUGGUGAUGCGAGAUGGAAGAAUAGUGCAAAAUGGAAAGUAUGAUGAACUUCUCAAGGCUGGUCUGGAUUUUGGUGCACUUGUGGCUGCACAUGAAUCCUCAAUUGAUAUUGCAGAAACAAGUGAUGAAGUUGGUGUUUCUUCUGCUCAGUCUCCAAAAUUGGCUCGUAUUCCUUCAAAAGAAAAGGAAAGCAAUGGCGAAAUGCAGGCUCAAGAUGAAUCUAAGUCUGAUAAGACUAAAGCAAAUCUCAUUGAAGAAGAGGAAAGAGAAACAGGCCGUGUGAACCUUCAAGUGUAUAAACAUUAUUUCACUGAAGCAUUUGGGUGGUGGGGUGUUGCACUCAUGCUGGGAAUGUCUCUAACUUGGAUUAUAUCUUUUUUGAUUGGUGAUUACUGGCUAGCAAUUGGAACUGCAGAAGAUUCUGGCGUUUCUCCUCCUACAUUCAUUAUUGUCUAUGCUGUGAUAGCAGUUGUUGUUUGUAUUGUGGUCAUGUGCAGAUCACUCCUAUUUACAUAUUGGGGUCUGAAGACAUCUCAAAGCUUCUUCACUGGAAUGCUUCAAAGCAUCUUGCAUGCACCAAUGUCAUUCUUUGACACCACUCCUUCUGGCAGAAUUUUGAGUCGAGUAUCGACAGAUAUACUUUGGCUUGAUAUAUCAAUUCCAAUGUUAACAAACUUCGUAAUGGUCGCUUACUUCUCAUUAAUCAGCAUCCUCUUUGUCACAUGCCAAACUGCUUGGGAGACUGUCUUCCUCUUAAUUCCACUGUUUUGGCUGAAUAACUUUUAUCGGAAAUACUUCCUUGCAUCUUCUAGGGAACUGACUCGACUUGAUUCUAUCACAAAAGCUCCUGUGAUACAUCACUUUUCAGAAACCCUUGCUGGUGUUAUGACAAUCCGUGGCUUCAGAAAGCAGAGCGCAUUUUCUCAGGAAAAUAUUGACAGAGUCAAUGCAAGUCUACGGAUGGAUUUCCACAACAAUGGUGCUAAUGAAUGGCUUGGUUUUCGCUUGGACUAUAUGGGAGUUAUUUUCCUUUGCAUAUCCACUAUUUUUAUGAUCUUUUUGCCAAGUGCUAUCGUGAAGCCAGAAUAUGUUGGUUUGUCUUUGUCCUAUGGCCUGGCUCUCAGUAGUCUCUUGUCAUUUACCAUAUCUAUGACUUGCUCUGUUGAGAACAAAAUGGUUUCUGUUGAGAGAAUAAAACAGUUCACCAACCUUACGCCAGAAGCUCCAUGGAAAAUUGCUGAUAGGACUCCUCCUGAGAAUUGGCCCAGUCAAGGCAGUAUUGAGUUGAAUAAUUUGCAGGUACGGUAUCGACCAAAUACUCCUCUAAUUCUGAAGGGAAUAUCUCUCAACAUUGAAGGAGGAGAAAAGAUUGGUGUUGUUGGGCGUACAGGAAGUGGGAAAUCAACCCUUAUCCAGGUGUUAUUUAGGUUGAUUGAGCCUUCAGCUGGGAAGAUAAUUGUUGAUGGGAUCAAUAUUUGCACUGUGGGCCUUCAUGAUCUUAGGUCUCGACUUGGAAUUAUUCCUCAAGAGCCUGUCCUCUUUCAAGGAACAGUAAGAAGCAACAUUGACCCUCUUGGACUGUAUUCAGAAGAAGAAAUUUGGAAGAGCCUUGAACGCUGCCAACUGAAAGAAGUUGUGGCUUCAAAGCCUGAGAAACUUGAGGCUUCAGUGGUUGAUGGUGGAGACAAUUGGAGUGUGGGGCAAAGGCAAUUGCUAUGCUUGGGAAGGAUCAUGCUAAAACGCAGCAAAAUACUAUUCAUGGAUGAAGCUACAGCAUCCGUUGAUUCACAAACUGAUGCUUUGAUACAAAAGAUCAUUCGUGAGGACUUUGCAGAGCGUACAAUUAUCAGCAUUGCUCAUAGAAUACCAACAGUCAUGGAUUGUGACAGGGUUUUGGUCAUUGAUGGAGGUUUUGCAAAGGAAUUUGACAAGCCAUCACGUUUGCUAGAAAAGCCUUCACUUUUUGGGGCAUUGGUUAAGGAAUACUCCAAUAGAUCAGCUUAACUACGGCUGUUUGCUAUUGCUUGGAUUCUAACCGAUGACACAAAUAAUGUACUAAAUUUCCAACAUGCGACAACAAAGACGAAGGCACAUGUCUACAGCUCCAGUUAUUGUUGUGUUGUAGAUCAAUUUUUUGAUGCUUUAAUUUGUCUAGGAUUAAAUGUAAGAGAAUUUAAAUUACUUGGAUAUUGAAAUCUAGUUUGCCUGCAAUUAUUUUUAAAAUAUAUAUAUUAUCUUGACGUGACUAUUCUCU